UCAUGGUGUGUGCCCUCUUCUCCCUCUUCACCUUCCUCUUACAACCUUUUCAAAUUUCUCAUUUUAAUAUUGUUAAUAAUAAUACUGCAAUCCAAUCCAAUCGCCUUAAAUUCCUCGGCUCCACUCCCAUUUCGCAAUAUCCCACUCCCAAUUUUGUAUUUAUUGUUUUUCCCCUUUUCCUUCCCGUUUAGGUUUAGUCGAAAAUCUCAGUGCCUAAUUAGGACACUGAUUCUGGGCGCCUGUCGGCUGCCCUGUUUGUUUGAUGUUCGAAACCACAUUCUGUGAUCAAACUUGAACGGGGAAGAAGAUAGUGCGCGUUUUCUGAAGAAGAGUUUAAGGUUUUGAUGAGGAUUUGAUCCUUAUUUGCAGAGUUUAAGGUUGUAAGGACAGUUUUGUAGUCACUCUCUCCUUAAUGGAGACAAUGGUUGCAAGCUCGGGGAUGCCGUUCCCCCGGGAGCCCGCUAAUUUCGACGAGGUCUCUAUGCAGGAAAGCAUGCUCUUUACCGAUAGCUUGAAGGAUUUGAAGAAUCUUAGGAAACAACUGUACUCGGCUGCCGAAUACUUCGAGUUGUCUUAUACCAACGACGAUCAAAACCAAAAGCAUAUAGUGGUUAAUACAUUGAAGGACUACACAAUUAAAGCCCUCGUCAACACCGUAGACCAUUUGGGCUCCGUUACUUACAAGGUCAACGAUUUGUUAGACGAAAAAGUCAAUGAAGUUUCCGGAACCGAGCUCCGCGUCUCGUGCAUUGGGCAGAGGCUUCGGACGUGCCAAGAAUACAUCGAUCGGGAGGGUCUGUCGCAGCAGUCGUUGGUGAUCAACACGCCCAAGUACCAUAAACGAUACAUCUUACCCGUCGGCGAAACUAUGGACGGAGCCGUGCGCACGAGAUCGAAGUACCAAGGAUGCAGCCUGGACGACGCAGAUGAGUGGCAUCAAUUCAAGAACGCUAUCCGAGCCACCAUCCGAGAAACUCCACCGCCAUCCGUAGUCUCCAGCAAAGAGCUUUCGCGGACUCCCUCUCCUAAGCUCGCCCAUCGACACGGAAACUUCUCCUUCUCCGGUAACAUCUCCAAUCGCGACUCGGACAAACGGUCGGCUUCGCCGCACCGGUUCCCGCUGCUACGAUCGGGAUCGCUCUACAGCAAGCCCACGACUCCGAAAAGCUCGAAUACGAGCACCCCAAAUCGGAGCAGGCCAACGACUCCGAACCCUGCUCUCGGAAGACAACAGUAUAUUUCGGAACCACGGAAAUCAGCUUCGAUGCGCAUCCGGGUCGGGAAAGAAAGCCCGAAAGAAAUGGAGCAAUACCCGAGCAAGAGCAAACGGCUGCUGAAGGCCCUGCUGAGUCGACGUAAAUCAAAGAAAGACGAUAUGCUGUACACAUACUUGGACGAGUAUUGAACGCAAGUUCGGGAAAAUAUUGAGAGAACAAACCCAGUUCGAGGAAAUCAUCGACGAAUCGUUGUCGUCGACCUCUCGCCGGUUCUCGAUACUAAGUUGGAAGAGCUCUACCGUUUUUGGUUCCUUCAUUAGGCUUCUUCGUCUUCGUUUUUUCUUUCUUUUUGGUAAGUGUAAGUUAUUGUAAGAGAAUGUGAUCAUAUUAUGGAUUAGUAUCAGUGCAAAUUUAGUACAGGGUCGUCGAGUCAUUCUCGUAUUUCUCGAAGCAAUUGUUAUAUGAACGCGAAAGAAGAAAAAUGUAUCAUGAAGUUUGAUGAAGUAAAAAAUGCUUCUUGUAGUGAUU